UUCGAGGAUGGGUCUAUCGAUGGAAUCAAGAUGGCGACUCUGGCAAAAGCGCCAAUAUAUUUACUGAAGUAGAUGUCCAAAAUUAACCGAGGUAGCGGGUUUUCCCAAGCCCCUCGGUGGUUCCGUGAAACAUGAAGACCGGCAGCAUGUUUUUGAAGAGGAAUUGACCGGGAUUAAUACCGUAACAAAGUCAGCGAGAUGUGCGAGAGCUAUGCCCGCUCGCUGCUGCGUGUUUCGGUGGCGCAGAUCUGCCAGGCGCUGGGCUGGGAUGCGGUUCAGCUCACUGCGUGCGAUUUGCUGUCCGAUGUACUGCAUCGAUACAUCCAGCAGUUGGCCAGGGUCUGCCAUCGGUACUCCGAGCUGUAUGGAAGAACAGAUCCAGUCCUGGAUGAUGUCAGCCAGGCCUUCAGACUGCUGGGGGUGAGUCUGAGUGAACUGGAGGACUACGUCCACAACCUGGAGCCUGUGGCCUUCACCCAUCAAACGCCGCUCUUUCCUGUCAGCAAAAACAAUGUCCUGCAGUUUCCCCAGCCUGGAGCCCGAGAUACAGAGGAAAGAAAGGACUACAUUCCAGAUUACAUGCCACCCCUGGUCUCCUUACAAGAAGAAGAGGAGGAGGAAGAGGUCCCUGCCGACAUGGGCACUUCAGCUGAAGCUAUGCAGGUGGCACUGGAAGAGGAUGAGGAGGAAAUAGAUGAAGAUGAGACGGUCAACGAUGAAAACCACCCACUAAAGAGGCACCUGGACAGUCCUGAUGCAGCUAUGGGCAUGAUGCCUACCUCCAAGAGACCACGCAUGUACCCAGGGCUCAGCCCAGAAUGGGGGGUUGAGCCCAGGGAGCCCCUUACCUCUCUCAACCCUCAGCGUGUUCCUCCAGGCAUGCUGCCGUCUCAUGACAGCCUCGACCCGCUAUCACCCGAAACACCCUCUGGAACUCUGCCUUCCUUCAGACCUCAGCCAGUAAUGCCAAAACACUCUGAUCAAAAGGGCCUCACCACUCCAGGAAGAAAGCCUAAGGUCUCAUCCCCUGGCAGACAACGGACUAAGUCCCCUAAAGGGGUUAAUCCCGUUCCGGUGGUUGGCAGUCCCAUCCAUUCUCCAAAACCAUCCAAGGAAAGGAAGAAAUCUCCAGGCAGGACGAAGAGUCCUAAAAGCCCAAAGAGCCCGAAGAUGGGUUCAGCUAAGGCGCCUCAACCACAGAGCAAGACAGAUGGCCUGCUUAAGCUCCCGCUGUCUGCACUGAGUGAGAGAAUGGGCAAAGAGAACAUUCAUAUGCGUCAGAAUGUAGAGGACAGGGAGUUAGCAGAGGGCCCGUUCAAGAAACUAGAGCCCGAUAAUACAGCCAUUGAUGACUCUAUUGAUGCUGUGAUUGCUAGAGCAUGUGCUGAGCGGGAGCCUGAUCCCUUCGCUUUCUCCUCAGGCUCUGAUUCAGACAGCAAUGGAUUCUCCAGUCCCAGGAGACUGACUAUCAUGGAGCCGUCUACACCUAAAAACCCAAUUGUGGCCGGCCACUUGUUAAAAGACACGUCAACACCACUUCACCUCCAGCCACACGCAGGUCUUGGAAACUGGACUAUGGAUGACUCCAUCAACGAGGUGAUCCGCAAGGUUAACCAGGGGGGUCCGUCGGCACCCCCUCAAAACCAAACAGAGUACGUGUCGUCAGGUUCGGCCUCACCACCCACGCCGGAACCGCUGCUCAAGGUUUUUGAAGAGAAGAACAAGAUUGUGUCUUCCAUAGAUGUCAAGAAGAAGCUGAAGAAGGAGCUCAAAACAAAGAUGAAGAAGAAGGAGAAAGACAAACCGAAAGACAAAGACCGGGAAAAGGACAAGAGCAAACUCAAAGAGAAGAAUAAGGAUAAGAACAGGGACAAAAACAAGGAGUUUUCCAAGGACGGCAAGAUGCCCUGGAAGGACUUUGGAGUGAAGGAUGAUGAACACUUUGUUCAGCGGGACUUUACUCUGCCUGAGGGCUCCAUUAAGAUUAAAUCAAGAGAUGGUGAUGGCCCUAAGAAGGAGAAAGAGAAACAUAAAGACAAAAAGAAAGAUAAAGAAAAAAGUAAAAAGGACAAAGAUAAGAGGGAUAAGGGUAAAGACAGGAACAAGGAUGACAAGCAGAAACAAUCUGCAUUAUCCCCUUUUGCUCUGGGAGAAAUCCCGCCACUGUUCAGCCCCUCUACCUGCCUGCGCAUUCCCUCCAUGCUGCCUCCUCUGGCCCCCAUCCUCCAGGAUAAAGAAAUGAAGAGCAAGGAGAAGGACAAGAAGAAAGACAAGAAAGAGAAGAAGAAAAAGAAAGAUAAGGAGAAGGACAAGGAGCGAGAGAAGGCGAAGGAAAAGGAGAGGGAGAAAGAAGAGAAGAGGAAAGAAAAGGAGAGGGAAAAGGAGAAACGAGAAAAGGAGAAGGAGAAAGAAAAGGAGAGAAUUCGACUGGAGAAGGUGAAAAUAGACACUCCAGCAGCUUUACCAUCUCCAGUCAUCCCCAGACUGACACUCAGGGUGGGAGCAGGUCAGGACAAAAUCGUUAUCAGCAAGGUGGUUCCAAAUUCAGAGCCCAAGACGCCAGCACCCAAGACCCCCGCCGCCAAGUCAGGACCUGCGACUCUUCCUCGGCCACCUCCGCCACCGCCGAUGCUCCCUCAAAUCCCAGUCAUCCUGCCCCCGCCUCGCUCUCCACCUCCCCCUGCACUUCCUCCAUCAUCGUCUUUGCUCUCUCCAUCCCCUAUGCUUUCUCCCGCCGCUUGCAUCAAAACACCGGUCCGCAGCGUAGUGACUGAGACCGUCAGUACUUAUGUGAUUCGUGACGAGUGGGGAAACCAGAUCUGGAUUUGUCCUGGAUGUAAUAAACCUGACGACGGCAGUCCCAUGAUUGGAUGUGAUGACUGUGACGACUGGUAUCACUGGCCUUGUGUUGGGAUCCAUGCAGCCCCUCCUGAAGACCAACAGUGGUUCUGCGUUAAAUGUUCCAGCAAGAAAAAGGACAAAAAACACAAGAAAAAGAAACACAAACCACACUGAGACUAUGCAAAAAGCACAUAUUUUGGACUUUUUUGGACUAAAGCCAUCACUGAACACUCGUGGCACUGCUGUAAAAUAAAAAAGAAAGUAAAAAAUAUGGCUGAUACUAACUUCUGAUGAUUUUUUAAAUGAUGUCAGCCAUGAUGCAUUGUGAGUUGGUAAGAAAAAAGGCUUUAACCAGCACAUAUCCAGCCUUAGUUCUCACGUGGGUGCUGUGAUUUUCCCCUUUUUCACCUGUAAAUUGUUUGCUUGUUGUUUUGGAUGUCCAGUUGUAUGGGAUCUUGACAAUUAUGUCUGUAUGAGGAGACUGUGACAGUUUCUGCAAGAUCAGAACUCAACUUUGUCACAAAGCAGAAAAGAGAGAACAUCCAACAUCUGUCGUCUUUAUUUCUGUUUCCUUCAUCUUGCCAGAAAAGGAAUGACCCGUGUGUCGGACCUUUCUCCAGUUUUCUGCAGUACCAUUGAAAUGUCAUGUAUAUAAUGAUGAUGGCAUCAGGCAUGUAUAAAUGUGUAAAUACCAACUUCCAAGCCAAGUGCAUUUUGUUCUUAGGAUUCUGACUUGUUAAAUCCAUUUUCAAAUAUUGGUUUUUAAAUCAAAUAAUUUUCUGUAAUUUCUGUACAUUUUUUAAAUUUAAAGUUUGUAUUUUUAUUUUCUCUUCAUAUGGACUAGUCCUGAAGUUAUACUGUAGCUGUGCUUGUAAUGUAAUUCCUUUCGCUGAUAUUUCAAUAUUAAAGAUGAACAGUCUGUGUACUCACAGACUUUAAGACAUAAAUCUCAUUACCAUCAAAA